AUUGACGAACUCCCUGAAGGAGCCGUUAAGCCUCCAGCAAAUAAAUACCCCAUCUUCUUUUUCGGGACUCAUGAAACCGCGUUCCUGGGGCCCAAAGACCUUUUCCCAUAUAAAGAAUAUAAAGAUAAGUUUGGGAAGUCGAACAAGCGAAAAGGAUUUAAUGAAGGCCUGUGGGAAAUAGAAAACAACCCUGGAGUAAAGUUUACUGGAUAUCAGGCAAUUCAGCAACAAAGCUCAUCAGAAACUGAAGGAGAAGGAGGAAAUACAGCAGAUGCCAGCAGUGAGGAGGAAGGUGAUCGGGUAGAAGAGGAUGGAAAAGGAAAAAGAAAGAAUGAAAAAGCAGGCUCAAAACGGAAAAAAUCCUACACUUCAAAGAAAUCCUCCAAGCAGUCACGGAAAUCUCCUGGAGAUGAAGAUGAUAAGGACUGCAAAGAGGAAGAAAAUAAGAGCAGCUCUGAUGCUGGGGACGCAGGCAAUGACACAAGAAACACUUCUUCAGAUUUGCAGAAAACCAGUGAAGGG